GUCCGCAUCUUUCUUUCUCCUUCCACAUUUGUAUCACUUUUUUCUUGCCCUACCCGCGGGAGAAUUUAGACAGUAAACGGUCAACAGUCAGUCAACUCCAUUUUUGCUUUAUUUAAACAUCACCACGUAUAACCAGAGCCAAGUCAUUCUCCUAGCACCAGCACCAGCACCUAUCAAACUAAAUGAAGAUUUACAAACUUUUUCUUGCUUAUCUCCAACUUGUUAUUUUCCUCUCUUUGAACCUUCAAUUCAUGCAUGUCCAUUCUUCAUCAAAUGAGACUGAUCAACUUGCUUUGCUCAAAUUCAAAGAAGGAAUAUCCAAUGAUCCACAUCAAGUCUUCAACUCAUGGAAUCACUCUAUCCAUUUUUGCCGGUGGCAUGGAAUCGCUUGUAGUCGCCGCCACCAGAGGGUCACUUCAAUAGUGUUACGAGGUCACGAUUUGAUGGGAUCCAUAUCGCCAUUUAUUGGCAAUUUAAGUUUUCUGAAAAUCCUUUGCCUGCCAAAUAAUAUUUUCAAAGGUCAAAUUCCACAGGAAGUCGGAAAUUUGUUUCGAUUGCAAAUAUUAGAUCUCCAAAACAACACAAUGGACGGUGAAAUUCCAGUCAAUUUGACCCGUUGUUCUCAGCUCUCGGUAAUCAGCCUGGAACGGAAUUAUCUAACUGGCAAAAUCCCUGCAGAGCUUGGUUCUUUGGAAAUGCUUGAAUUGCUUCUGCUCUGUGAAAACAACUUGAAUGGAAAAUUUCCAUCUUCCCUUGGCAAUCUUUCAUCGCUGGCUAUCAUAAGUGCAGGAUGGAUGGAGUUGGAGGGAAAUAUUCCAAAUGAAUUUGGCAGAUUAAAAAGCCUAGAGUUUUUCAUUGCUAUUGGAAAUAAUCUCUCUGGUACAUUCCCGUUAUCCCUUUUCAAUAUUUCAUCUGUUGAGGAAAUCUCAAUUGCGGGAAACAAGUUCAUGGGUAGCUUACCAGAAAACAUUGGGAUUACUCUCCCAAAUCUUCGGCGCAUUGCCGUCGGAGAUAAUUUAUUUUCUGGUUCAAUUCCAAAUUCCUUCUGCAAUGCUUCCCAACUAGAAAUACUCGAUCUUUCCAUAAAUAAUUUUAAAGGACAAGUCCCGAAUUGCCUAGGAAAUUUACAAAAUCUUAUUAGGCUCACAGUUUCUUAUAAUUAUUUGGGAUAUAAUUCGACAAGUGACUUGGAUUUCUUAACAUCUUUGAAAAAUUGCAGCAAUAUGAGAGAACUGGGUUUCGAUUUCAACAAUUUUGGAGGUGUUUUGUCCAAUUCUGUUUCCAAUCUAUCAGUUCAACUUAGCAAGCUAUAUUUUACUGGUAAUCAAAUCAGUGGGAUUAUUCCUAAAGCAUUAGAGAAUCUCAUUAACUUAAUUUUAUUGGCCAUGGAGGACAAUCUUUUCAUCGGAGUCAUCCCUUCUUUUGUGGGAAAAUUAGAAAAACUUCAACAGCUGUUUUUGGAUGAAAAUAAAUUGUCUGGUCAGAUCCCAUCCUCUAUAGGCAAUCUCACCCAAUUAUCUAAGCUUUCCAUUUCACGCAAUAAUUUGGAAGGAAGUAUUCCAAAAAGCAUAAAGAAUUGCAAGAAUUUGCAGUAUUUAGAUGCUUCCGGAAAUAAUCUCAACGGGUCUAUAACCAAGGAGGUUCUCCAUCUUUCGUCCUUGUCUCAGUACUUGGACUUGUCACAUAAUUCACUAACUGGUGAAUUGCCAGCAGACGUUGGAAAUCUAACAAGCAUAAAUGCUCUGGAUGUCUCGAAAAACAUGCUUUCUGGAGAAAUUCCUAGAGCUAUUGGAUCUUGUUCAAGUUUGGAAUAUCUCUAUAUGCAAGGGAAUUCUUUCCACGGAAGCAUUCCUUCAUCUUUGGCUUCCUUGAAGGGUCUCCAACUAUUGGAUCUUUCACAAAAUAAUCUCACUGGAGAAAUUCCAAAAGUUCUGCAAAGUUUACAUUAUGUUUUAUAUUUAAACAUUUCUUUUAAUGAUCUUGUUGGUGAGAUUCCAACCGAAGGAGUUUUUAGCAAUGCAAGUGCAAUUUCAUUGAUGGGUAAUAAUAAGCUUUGUGGUGGUGUGACAGAACUCCAUCAACCAAAAUGCCCCUCUAAUGCAUUGAAGAAAGGAAAGUCCAUUUCCAUUAGGAUAGCAAUUGUUGUUCCUCCUGUGUUCUUUUGUGUCCUCUUGAUGUUAGCAUUCAUGCUUGCUUAUCGCAAGAGAGUAUCAAAAAAAGGUUCGUCUGUUGCAUCCAAAGAAAUGGAUUCCCUUGUAAAGGUAUCUUACAAGGAUCUUUAUGCUGCAACAAGUGGAUUCUCCAUAGACAACUUAAUUGGUUCCGGUAGCUUUGGUUUCGUGUACAAAGGAUUUCUCAAUCAAUUGGGAGUACAUGUGGCUAUUAAGGUCCUCAAACUUGGAAUAAAGGGCGCUUCAAAAAGCUUCAUGGCAGAGUGCAAGGUGUUAAGUACAUUGAGGCAUCGAAAUCUAGUUAAGUUGUUUACCUGCUGCUCAAGCAUUGAUUACAAGCAGAAUGAAUUCAAAGCUCUAGUUUAUGAAUUCAUGGGUAAAGGAAACUUGGAGACGUGGUUGCAUCAUGAUAUCCUCAAUAAUAAUCAGUCAAGAAAUUUGAAUUUUCUUCAAAGACUGAAUAUUGCAAUUGAUGUGGCAUCUGCAUUGCAUUACCUUCAUGAUCUUUGCGAAAUUCCUGUUAUUCAUGGUGACUUGAAGCCUGGUAAUGUUCUUCUUGAUGAUGACAUGGUUGCACAUUUAAGUGAUUUCGGUUUGGCUAAAUUCUUCUUGAACACUGAUGAUGCAUCACAAAGUCAAACCAGCUCAAUCGGAAUAAGAGGAACCAUCGGCUAUGCGCCUCCAGAGUAUGGAAUGGGCAGUAUUGCAUCAAAAGAGGGAGAUGUAUAUAGUUACGGGAUUCUUGUGUUGGAGAUGUUCACAGGAAAAAGGCCAACAGAUGAGAAAUUUGAAGGCCUUUUGAAUCUACACAGCUUUGUGAAGGAUGCACUACCGACAAGACUUUCGGAGAUUACAUGCCCCGCCCUUCUCUCAACUGGAAUGGUUGUAGCUGAAGUAGAAGAGCAGAUAGUAGUACGUAUAGAAGAAGGUCCAAGGGAUAAUGUGGAACUAAGCGGAGCAAGUAUUAGCAAAGAGAAAGAGUGCUUGCUUUCAGUAUUCAAUGUCGGAGUAGCUUGUUCAGCAGAAUCACCCGGAGAUAGAACGAGUAUGAGAGAUGUCGUUAAAGAACUGCAUUUGAUUAGAAGUAUUUUUCUUGGAGUUCGAAUCUAUGAUUGAAGACAGGCAAUUUCAGGAGAACAACUCUUACUAGAGAAGUCAGAUGGCUACCUACCAUGCUUGUUUCUUUUACAAAGUCCUUGCAAUGUAGCAAUGUUCUACUUAUAUAUUUUCUAAAGAUCUCUUGUUAAUUUAAGACUUUAAUCUUACAAAAGAAGGAACAAUAUACCUAUGUGUUGUUUCUCCUCUUCUGGAUCUUGAAUAAUAUCAUAUCCAA